AUGGGUACUUGUGUUUCAAAUUAGGAUGAUGUUAGAAAUGCUAAUUAAAUAGCAUUAUCAUUAGAAAUAAAACACUUCACAUGGAGUCGAGAUUCUCAUGGUUUGUUCGAUUAUGAAAAUAAAAAUGUGAUAAAAGGGUAAUUAAAAACCAAUUCGUCAAAAAUGAUAUUUAUCAGAUAAAAGGAAGCCAUAAGAGUUGUUUAAACGAAGGAUGAGCUGUUAUAAUAUCAAAACUAAUCAGAUGUACAGGAACUUAUAAGAAUAAAUCGUUAGAUAACUAAAUAUUUUAUUGAAUCGAUAUACUAGCAAUAAAUAUCAGAGGAAACUGAAGGUUUAUCGGAUUUUAGUCCUUGGGUUGUAGUUAAAUCAUUAAAGAGUCAAAAGAAUGAUUAAGCAGGUUAUUCCUUGAAAUAAAAUGAUUACAUAAAGUUGGGAAGAGUUCGAUUUAGAAUUCGAGAGAUCAGUUGUUCAAGUGCCAACCCCAAUAAUUAGGAGUUGCCCAUUGAACCAGAAUUAUAGAAAUUUGUAUCCGAUAAAAGUUUAAACCUCAUGAACAUUCAUACAUAGGAAGAUGAAUAGAGUUAGGUGGAAGAACCAUAAUGUAGGAUAUGUUAUAACGAUGCUUAAACAGAUUUAAAUAAUCCUUUGAUUGAUUGUUGCAAGUGCUAAGGAUCAGUAAAGUUUAUCCAUUUGGUAUGUUUGUAAACUUGGCUGCUUAAUAAAUUAUAACCAAAAACCACUAAAUUCUCAGUUUCCUUUUAAUGGAAAUAAUUCGAAUGCGAAGUCUGCAAAGCUCCUAUUCCUAAUAGAAUCAAAUACUAAAACAGAAUUUAUGAAACAAUUGUACUCCCUAAACCAGAACCUCCCUAUUUAACACUAGAGAUAUUGAGUAGAGAUAGAAAUCAAAGCAAAGGAACACACAUCAUUAGUUUUUCAUAAAAGAAGUUUAUAAAAUUAGGAAGAGGUCAUGAUUCUGAUGUUCGUAUUACUGAUAUUUCAGUUUCAAGAUUACAUGCUAUAAUCAAAUAUUCUAAUUCUUAAUUUUUUAUUGAAGAUCAACAGUCCAAAUUUGGAACUUUGGUAUUAAUGAAAAAUCCAACUUAAGUCUCAGUUGAUAUGAAUAAGAACCUUGCUAUAUAGAUAGGAAGAAGCGUUCUCAAUUUUCAAGUAUUAAAAGAUUGGAAUGUUUAAACUUGUUGUAUGGGUUCUGUAUCAGAUGAGUAAAUGCAGCAGUAGGAUGACAAUAAUAAUUUGAUUGGAAGUGCAGUAGGAGAUGACGAUUAAAUUCAAGUGGAAUAAGCAUUUAUCGAUAAUAAUGGGGAAUUCGAUUGA